CUCGGAAGACUCCGAGGUAUCUAACAUACCCAUCUUCUCCACGUGCUUCAGCUGUACCUGAGGACCACGCUAAUUGCAGAGUAAGCUCCUAUGGCGAACUCAGAGACAGGGACGAGCACCAGCUAUACAUUAGGAGGUGAGUACCAGGUGUUCCUGAGUUUCAGAGGGCCCGACACUCGCCGGGAAUUCACCAACGUCCUCUACCACGACUUCAGACGUGCCGGGAUUCACGUUUUCAUGGAUGACGAAGAGCUUCGACUGGGCGAAAGAAUUAGUGGCAACCUUCUGCGAGCGAUCGAUGACUCGAGGCUCUACAUACCCAUCUUCUCCCCAAACUACGCAUCGAGUCACUGGUGCCUUCACGAGCUUGCGAAGAUGGUGGAGUACACCUCUGAAUCUAGAAGAGAAGAUGGGAAUGAGAAGGUGAUAUUGCCCAUCUUUUAUAAUGUGAAACCUGAUGAUGUGAAGCUGAGGACCCAGUUGUACAGUAAUGACAUUCUGAAUUUGGAGCAAAUGAUGGAGGAUCAGAAGAAGAAGUUAAGCUCCGAGGAUGUAGAGACGUGGCGGCAAGCUCUCAGAAGAGUUGGUGGCGCUAGGGGGGUUGGAACUGCAGAAUUAUACAGGGUAAUAUUUGAAGGACCUCUCUUUCAAAGGGUUUCUGAGGAUGUUAGGGUCAUGGUCCGCAGUUACUACAGCUAA